UGCUAUUGGUGUUGGAAGACAGAACAAUUUAUGAAACAAUCGCGAUAAUGUUUUUAUUUUUAGUCCGAGAUAUUGCGACAUAUGAUUUUUAUGGCUUCAAGAUAUUAAUCAUUUUCGAGUGUCAUAUAUAUAAAUUCACACGUUCCUUUGCCUUAUGUAUACGUGUUUAGUUUCUAUGGUUACGUUUACAUUUUCGUUGCCAUCUUUUGUCCCUCAAAGAAAAAUAAUUUAUAUGUGAACUCAUCAGUUGCUGCCCGUAAAAAGUAGAGGGGUAAAAGUGAAGAACUAAGCUCUCGGAACAACUAAUCGCAUUAUUUCCUUUGAUAUGACACGGGCCGCAUAGAAAAUGAGGCGUGCAAAAAUCCUUCUACUGUGACGUGUCCGUUGCCGUGGGAACCUGUUUACCGAGCCAAAGCCUAGCAACAAGGGAAUAUGCAAACAGAAAGCAUUCAAUUGGCAUUUCAACCUAUCGCCAGAGAAGACUGUGUGAGUAAUAACGUGAAAAGCAAACACGGAAAUGUCUGUUAACAUAGGUCAUUCUGGUUUGGAGAUGGAACGUGGUACGGAGAGCAUUCAUGCAUGUUUUCCGACCGAAAUGGAAGGUGACAACUGCUCUCCUCAUGACAAACUCCGAGAGAGCACUAAACAGGCCCGAGACUCGUCCAUCAGCGGCUGCUUCGGGUGGGUCCGAACAUGGAUAUGCUGCAAAAACAAUGACUUGAAUAGUGAUGAAGAUUGUUAUGAAAGGAAAUGCCCAGACAACACGGGAGAGGGCACAGAAGACUCCCGAGACUCGUCCACCGGCGGGUGCUUCGAGUGCAUCCAAAGAUGGGUACGUGAUAAGUUUUCCAGGCGCCUCGGAACAGAACUAGAGACAACGACAGAACAGCGACCUGUGACGGCGAUAGCACAGCGACCUGUGACGCCUGUGACUGCAGCAGAAAAGAGCCCUGUGACGCCUUUAACGGCGACAGAACAGCGACCUGUGUCGGCGAUAGCACAGCGACCUGUGACACCUGUGACUGCAACAGAACAGAGCCCUGUGACGCCUGUAACGGCGACAGAACAUCGACCUGUGUCGGCGAAAGAACAGCGACCUGUGACGCCCGUGACUGCAACAGAACAGAUCCCUGUAACGCCUGUAAUGGCGACAGAACAGCGACCUCUGUCGGCGACAGAACAUCGACCUGUGACGGCGACAGCACAGCAAAUUUUGACGCCUGUGACUGCAACAGAACAGAUCCCUGUGACGCCUGUAACGGCGACGGAACAGCGACCUGUGUCGGCGACAGAACAGCGAUCUGUGACGGCGACAGCACAGCAAAUUUUGACGCCUGUGACUGCAACAGAACAGAGCCGUGUGACGCCUGUAACGGCGACGGAACAGCGACCUGUGUCGGCGACAGAACAGCGAUCUGUGACGGCGACAGCACAGCAAAUUUUGACGCCUGUGACUGCAACAGAACAGAGCCGUGUGACGCCUGUAACGGCGACAGAACAGCGACCUGUGUCGACGACAGAACAGCGAUCUGUGACGGCGACAGCACAGCGACCUGUGACGGCGACAGNCAGCACAGGGCACUGUGACGGUGACAGCACCGCAACAUGUGACGGCGACAGCACCGCGACAUGUGACGGCGACAGCACAGCGACCUGUGACGGCGACAGCACACCGACCUGUGACGGCGACAGCACAGCGCACUGUGACGGUGAAAGCACCGCGACAUGUGACGGCGAGAGCACAGCGCACUGUGACGGCGAGAGCACAGCGCACUGUGACGGUGACAGCACCGCAACAUGUGACGGCGACAGCACAGCGCACUGUGACGUACCGCGACAUGUGACGGCGACAGCACCGCGACAUGUGACGGCGAGAGCACAGCGCACUGUGGCGGUGACAGCACAGGGCAAUAUUACGGUGACAGUACCGCGACAUGUGACGGGGACAGCACAGCGCACUGUGACAUCACAGCGACCUGUGACGGCGAUAGCACAGCGACCCGUGACGCCUGGGAUGGCGANGCAGAACAGCGACCUGUGA